ACCUGCAAUGUCAGAAAGCCAUCAAGAAGUCAAAGAACCCAUCACUGUAAAGAAGACGUGAAAAAUGAGAGGCCAGUCCUAUAAACUGCUAAUGGGAAACCUUAUCAAGGUGGAAGGGGACGGCGCUCCACCCAAAACGGAUGAUUCCAACCGGUGCAAACACGGAAAUGGUCGAACAGCUUAGGGGGGAAUUAUCAGAGGCAACCAUCGGCCUUUGAGAGAACCUCGCCUGACCUUCCUGCCAGCCCCCCAGCCCCCCGGCCCCCCACUAUGGACCCCCAGGCAGAGCCCCGAUGGCGCGUGGCAGCGGUGGUGCCAGCGGCGGGCUGUGGCGAGCGCAUGGUCCUCGAGACGCCCAAGCAAUACCUGGAGGUAUGCGGACGCCCCCUGAUCGCUCACUGCCUGGCGUCCUUCGAGGAGGUUCCGUGGCUGACGAAGGUGGUGGUUGUGGCCGACGACGUGAAGCGGAUGGCGCGGGUGGUGGCGGAGGAAGGGUGCUCGAAGACAGAGGUUGUGCAGGGCUGCCGCAGCCGCCACCGCUCCAUCCGCGCCGGCCUGACCGCCCUGGCCGAGGACCCUCCGGAGGUGGUGGUGGUCCACGACGGCGUGCGCCCUCUCGUGCCCCUGGCGACCCUCCGGCAGGUCGUGGCGGCGGCGGCGGAGCGCGGGGCGGCGGGAGCGGUACGCCCUCUCGUGUCGACGGUGCUGCGACCCGGCCCCCUGCAGGAGCACGGCGCCGCGGGGCUGGAGCUCCUGCAGGAGAGUCUGGUGAGGAGCGACUUCCGGAAUUCGGAGAUGCCUCAGGCGUUCCGCUUCGCCGUCAUCACGCAGGCCUACGGCAGCUGUAGCGACGAGGAACUAGACCACGGGACGGAGUGCCUGGCCCUGGCACUGAAGCACACAGGAGUGAGAGCCGCUUUGGUGCCCGGAACACCCGACCUGUGGAAAGUGACGGAGGCGCGUGACUUAGUGGUGGCGCGGGCCGUCCUGCCACGCCACACGCGCUACAUCGCCAUUCUCUGCGGCGCCCCUCCACCCGUCGACAGCCUGGGAACCUCGCCCGCGGGAUUAGGGAGAGAGGAGCUCGCUACUGAGAACGCCGGGAGGAGUACAAGGGCCGCAGUGCCUUUCCCGACGUCCUUGGCCUCAGAUAGCAACUCUGACGGGGGCGCCGACGACGGCUGGAGGCUCGAAUGCGGCGCGGAGUGCACCCGAGUGAUUGGGCUCCUCGAACCCCGCCUCCGGUCUCACUCCUCGAGCCAUGGGUGUUAUCGCAGCUUCCAGGAUCUACAGCGCCUCUCCAGCGACGCUAGGGGAAGGCCCUCGGUCGCGGUGGUGGCGGCGACUUCCCUUCGAGGACGUCCCCGGAGUCUCCGCCCCCAUCUGGAGGAGCUGAGGCAAGGGCUGGGCGUCGGUGCCUCGUGUCUGAUUCUCAUCCUAUCGCUGGAGGAGGACAAGGCUAAGACGGAGGAGGAGGCCGGGUCCUUCCACCGGUCUCUCGACAUCCCCGCCCUUCAGGAAGACGUCAGGCAGACUUUCCAAGGACACGGAGCGACCGUCACCAUCCUUCUAAGGAACCCAAUCGGUCGUAGAAUUCCAGCUCCUCCGAUAGAUCAGAAGGAGAUGGAUGAAGGAGGGCAGAAGGAGAAGGAGAAUCAGUUCCUUGACCUGAUGGAGGCGCUGCUGCAGCAACACUCUAGGGCUUUCCACGGCCAGGUGUUAGUCGUAUAGAAUACAGUUUGAUAAUCACGGUUAUCAGCGUUAGUGCCAUUCCGUUUCCACUGAGUGUUUCCAAAAGGUAGUAACAGAUCGAAGUGUUAUGGAAAUCGGUCUGUUCUUUAUUCUCUUCCGAGUUAUGGCUAAUGGUUGCUAUAUUAAAAGACGGCGAGGAGAUCCAGGGACAAGUUAUUGGUGGUGGUGGUUUCCGUUGCUGAUUCCACGGGCGAAUUUUGUGUCUUACUGUCUCCCUUUUAUUUUCACUUCCAAUUCUUCCUCAUCCCCCUUUCCUUUCACUAUCACUUCUUUCUCUUUUCCUGUCAUUCUCGUUUCUUCAUCUUCCUUCCUCUCACCCACUUAGCCCUCUCAUUUUUUUCUCACUUCUACUGUAUGCUUUCGUUCAUUCCAACUUAUUUUUCUUUUCAUCUCGGUCCCAUCCUGUCCUCUCUUUUUUUUCUCUUAUUCCCACUUCAUUUUCUUUUUUGUCACUCCCAACGAACCCUUUUCUUCUUCUCUCACUUCCUCUUCUUUCGCUCCUUUUUCUCUCUCACUCUCGCCUCUUUUUCUCUCCUCUUCAUCUCCGACCUUCCUUCAGUCUCCGGUCGUCGCAGACUUUUUUCUUCUUGUUUUACUCUUAUGUCAUUCGAUUCUUCCCCAUUCUCUUAUCCCCAGUCACUUAUCCCCAGUCACUUAUCCCCAGUCACUUAUCCCUGAUCUCUUAUUCCAGAUCCCUUAUCCCGAAUCUCUCAAUCUGAAUCUCGAAUAGUCUUGCUUGUAUCAGGUCUACUUUGUUGUAUUCAGUGGCGUUUACGUGGGUCCAAGCAUCCUAGAUGGAGGAUCAUUCUUCCGGUUCAGUCAGUACUAUGAUGCUGAUGCUCUUUUUUUGCAUUGGUUUGUGUGACAGGUUGUCAUCAUUGGCCUCAGUCCUAAAGCCCAUCCCAAGUACGUAGUCUUUUUCGCUGUCGAGGAAAACACAGACAAAAAUGUAUUAUUUAUCAUAAUAAACACAUUCAGUGAAGAAACACAUACGUACACGCGCGCACAAAAUUCUCAUGAUUUAAAAUCCAUGUUUAUCAUACUUUGUCACAAUUUCCUUGAGAAAUACCCUUUGGAAAACAAUUAUUCCUACUGUUUACACUGCAUAAAAUAUACUAUAGUUGUUGAAAGGCUUUUUUUCAA